AUGCUUCGAAUAACUUUCUUCUUUGCUCUCGUUGUGGUCUACACUUUUUCUGCACCCGCUGAAGAGAAGAUAGAUGUGGAAAAAAUGGAAAAAUUUGAAGAUAUUCCACAGCAAUAUCGAGACCUUAUUCCCGAAGAGGUUGCUACACACAUCAAAGCCAUCACCGCCGAAGAAAAAGCUGUUCUGAAAGAGCUCAUGAAGGAUUACGCAAAGUACAAGGACGAGGAGGAGUUUUUAAAAGCUAUAAAAGAAAAAUCAGAGAGUUUGCAUGAGAAAGCCAGCAAGUUCCACAACUUCAUCAAGGGAAAAGUCGACGCACUCGGAGACGAAGCAAAGGCAUUUGUAAAGAAGGUUAUCGCAGCUGCUCGAGAAGUGCAUGCAAAACUUCUUGCCGGGGACAAACCAUCGCUUGAAGAUAUCAAGAAGAAGGCUAAGGAACAUAUGGGUGAAUUCGAAAAACUAAGCAAUGAUGCUAAGGAGGAUCUCAAGAAGAAUUUCCCAAUCCUUACUUCCGUUUUUACCAAUGAGAAAGCGAAAGCGAUGAUUGACAAGUAUGUGGAGAACUAAAGAGCAAGAAGUGAAGUGUCAUCUAGAUUGAAUAAAUGUUUUUAAUAAAG